AUGUCGAAGUUUACGAUUAUUCAACUAUGUCUCCUUACCUUAUUCGUCAGGACCAAUUCGUUUUCCGACCCAAACGACGGCUUUCAGUCGCCACUUCUGAUCAAAAGGCAUCAACGGACGCAGCUCGUUGCUACAGAGUUUGGAGAGAUAUCAGCCGUCCAUAUCGGAGAUGGAUACAUUAUUCAAUUCAUAACAUUGGAGCCAAACGGACUCCUGCUUCCUCUUCUUCUCCAUUCCGACAUGGUUUUCUUUGUCCACACUGGGAGUGGGGUUUUGAAUUGGAUCGACGAGGAGAAAGAGAGGACGCUAGAACUAAAACGAGGAGAUGUUUUUAGGCUGCGUUACGGUACAGUUUUCUACCUACAUUGCAACUUAGAGAGAGAUGAAGUUCCAGAUAAGCUUAGAGUUUACGCAAUCUUCGAUGUCGGGAAGUGUUUAUAUGAUCCAUGUCUACGAACGUACUCGAGUAUUAGAGACUUGUUAUGGGGAUUUGAUGAGAGAACUCUCCGGUCAGCAUUUGCGGUUCCUGAGGAUGUUUUCGGGAGGCUAAGAGAUGCAGUGAAGCCUCCGCUGAUCACAAAUGCUAUGCCAAGAAACAGAACACAAGGGUUGGAGGAGGAGACGUGGGGAUCACGGCUAGCCAAACUCUUUGUCAGGGUUGAAGACGUGACUGAUCACUUGGAGAUGAAACCGGUUGUUAAUAGUAAGAAGAAGAAGAAGAAGAAGUCCAGUGCUUACAAUGUUUUCGAGUCUGAUCCAGACUUUGAGAAUGUCCAUGGCCAGAGCAUAGUGGUUGACGAGAAGGAUAUGGAUGCUUUAAAGGGUUCGAGUUUUGGAGUUUAUAUGGUUAAUUUAACGAAGGGGUCAAUGAUGGCACCUCACUGGAACCCCAAUGCUUGGGAGAUAUCGAUUGUGUUACAAGGAGAAGGGAUGAUUCGGGUUGUUAACAACCCGUCGCAUCAAAGCAAGAACGAUAGUGAGAGGUUCAAGGUUGAGGAUGGGGAUGUUUUUGUUGUGCCGCAGUUUUAUCCUAUGGCUCAGUUGUCUUUUAUAAACAGUUCAUUCAUGUUUAUGGGAUUCAGCACGUCGGCUAAGAAAAACCACCCUCAGUUCCUAGUAGGGCAGAACUCGGUUCUAAAGAUGAUCGACCGGGAUGUACUUGCCACGUCUUUCAACAUGAGAUAUGAGACUAUUGAGAGGCUGUUGGGAGCUCAGAAAGAUAGUUUGAUGUUGGAGUGUGUGUCUUGUGCGGAGGUGGAGCUUUCUAGGCUUAUGAGAGAGAUUGAAGAGAGGAAAAGACGUGAAGAAGAAGAAAUUGAGCGGAGAAGGAAAGAAGAAGAGGAAGCAAGAAAGAGAGAAGAAGAAAGGGAGAGAGAGGAAGAGGCUGCUAAGAGACGGGAGGAAGAAAGAAGGAGGCGUGAGGACGAAGAAGCUGAGCGAAAAAGGAAAGCAGAAGAGGAAGCAAGAAAGAGAGCAGAAGAAAGGGAGAGGGAGGAAGAGGCUGCUAGGAAACGAGAAGAAGAUAGGAGGCAACGUGAGGAAGAAGAAGCUGAGCGGAAAAAGAAAGCAGAAGAGGAAGCAAGAAAGAGAGCAGAAGAAAGGGAGAGGGAGCAAGAGGCUGCUAGGAGACGAGAAGAAGAGAGGAGGCAACGUGAGGAACACGAAGCUGAGCGUAAAAGAAAAGCAGAAGAAGAAGCAAGAAAGAGAGAAGAGGCAAGGGAGAGAGAAGAAGAGGAGGCCAAGAAACAGGAGGAAGAGAGGAUAAGACGUGAGAAAGAAAAGGAAGCAGCGAGGAAGAGAAAAGAAGAAAGGGAAAGGGAAGAAGAGAUGGCUAAGAGACGAGAAGAAGAGAGGCAGAGGAAGGAGAGAGAAGAGGUGGAAAGAAAGAAACGUGAAGAACAAGAAAGAAAGAAACGUGAAGAGGAAGCUAUGAGAAGAGAAGAGGAGAGAAAGAGAGAAGAAGAAGCUGCUAAAAGAGCAGAGGAGGAACGAAGAAAACGAGAAGAGAAGCGGAGGCCACCGCCACAACCACCUAUCGACCACUAA